AUUGGCGAGGUGGUCGCAACUGUUCCACCCGGUACGCAAGUGGUCGUCGAGGCCAAGUUGCUCACCUCGGAUGUCGAUCACACUAUCGAAGAAGUACGUCAGGAGACAAUUCAACAGGUUCAGGAGGCUCUAACGGUCAGUUUUUCUAUACCGUCAAAUCGAACGUUAUUCUGUAGAAAAUGCGAAGGACAUGGUUUGCAAGUGGUACUAAAGGGUCAUGCAUCUCGAUGCCCGUACAAUAACUGCCAAUGCAAAACAUGUUCGAAUGUUAUGUCAAUGAGAGCGAAUGCCAUUAUCCGAAGAUAUCGCACCAGAACUCUUGAUGGAGGUCUUGUCCUGAAGCCGGUUCAUUUCAAAAACGGCAAUACCCGUCUCAGAGUAUUUCCGAAAUACGUUGAUGAAUCUGACGCGUUACCUAUUCCAAUGGAGAGGAAUCGAGAGAAACAUUUGUCGGGCGAUGAUAAUUCGUCGAAGAGCUCUGUAAAUCCAACUACUCCUCCUGUAAAUGGCACAGCUGGAUCAUUUGCCGUUAAGCGCAGCUUUAGCGAAGUGAGUAACCACGUUAAGCGUAAUCUUUCACAGGGUAUUGAAGAAAGCAAAAGGUUGUUUUCAGGAAACAGAACUACGUACAUCGCCUAA